UGCCUGGGGCGGGCGCCGGCCGGGCCGCAGCUGCCGCGGGAGGCGGGGUCGCGAGCACGGCCGAGGGCUUCGUCGCUCCGGACGCCCCGGGACGUGGCCGGCGGGAGCGAGGGUGACCACCAUGAUCCCCUGGGUGCUCUUGGCAUGUGCCCUUCCAUGUGCGGCCGACCCACUGCUUGGUGCCUUCGCCCGCAGGGACUUCCAGAAGGGCUCCCCACAGCUCGUCUGCAGCCUGCCUGGCCCCCAGGGCCCACCUGGCCCCCCAGGAGCCCCUGGGCCCUCAGGAAUGGUAGGAAGAAUGGGCUUUCCUGGCAAAGAUGGCCAGGAUGGCCAGGACGGGGACCGGGGGGACAACGGAGAGGAAGGUCCACCUGGCCGCACAGGUAACCGGGGAAAGCCAGGACCAAAGGGCAAAGCCGGGGCCAUUGGACGGGCCGGCCCUCGCGGCCCCAAGGGGGUCAGUGGUGCCCCAGGGAAGCACGGCACACCAGGCAAGAAGGGGCCCAAGGGCAGGAAAGGGGAGCCGGGCCUCCCAGGCCCCUGCAGCUGCGGCAGUGGCCGUGCCAAGUCCGCCUUCUCGGUGGCAGUGACUAAGAGCUACCCGCGGGAGCGGCUGCCCAUCAAGUUCGACAAGAUCCUGAUGAACGAGGGUGGCCACUACAACGCGUCCAGCGGCAAGUUCGUCUGCGGCGUCCCGGGGAUCUACUACUUCUCCUACGACAUCACGCUGGCCAACAAGCACCUGGCCAUCGGCCUAGUGCACAAUGGCCAGUACCGCAUCCGGACCUUCGAUGCCAACACAGGCAACCACGAUGUGGCCUCGGGCUCCACCAUCCUGGCUCUCAAGCAGGGGGACGAGGUCUGGCUGCAGAUCUUCUACUCCGAGCAGAAUGGACUCUUCUAUGACCCUUAUUGGACCGACAGCCUCUUCACGGGCUUCCUCAUCUACGCAGACCAGGACAACCCCAAUGAGCUGUAGACAGGCAAGCGUUGGGCCUCCAGGGGGAACAACCUCCUGGACUUGUGCUUCCAGAGCAAGACCCCUAAACUGUCUGCUGGGGGCCGUGAGUUGGGACCUUCUAGCCUCAGGCCAACCUCCCCUGCCUCUUUUUUCUCCAUCAUUAAAUCCAAGCUUUUUUAUUCAUC